AUGACCAGUGUACACAAUAGCCAGAGAUGUCCCAUCGUCGGUCUCUACGGUAUCCCCGGAUGUGGGAAGUCCCACCUUCUCAGCAAACUCAAAACGCAGCUUGGUGAAGAGAAGUACGUCUACCACGAAGAAUCCAAAGUGAUUGGCACUGUUCCUGCCGGUGACUUGGCCGGCUUCCGGGCGUAUCGUGAACAGGCCAUCCGCAAUAUCCGAAAGAACCCGAAACACGGCUGUGUCACCGUCGUCACAGGCCAUUUCAUGUUCUGGGAGCCGACCCAGCCGAUGGGAAAGAUCGGCUUUUGGGAACAGGAUACAGCCAGAAAGGGUCCCUGUCCCCCAGUCGACCACAUUCGAGCAUGGCAGAAAGUUGAGAAAGCUGAAUUGCGGAGACUCUGCCACGAGCACCGAAUUAUCUUUUCGCUUCUAGGCGCCCAUCAAGAUGCUGCGAAUCUUAUUGGAAGUGUUUGGCACCACGACGAAGAUUCCAAUCUCCGGCUUGCUAAGCAUCAUCUCAGGGAGGCACUCGGUGGCAACUUGUCUGGGAAGACUGUUUUGAUGCUAGACGCGGACAAAACUCUGUGUUCCCAGAAUACUGGGGAGCUUUGGUGGAGGAUGUACCGGCAGCAUUAUCCUUCUGAUGAGUCUGAUGAGUCUAACGAAUCUGAUGACUCUGAUAAAUCUGAUGUGUCAGAUGAAUCGGAUGGAUCUGAUGGUCGUGAAUGCCCCUUGAGGCGGCUGUUUAACGGUCCGCUUGGGUACAGCUAUGCUGCCUUUCGCCAAGCUGUUUUCCUAUACGAAGAGGCUGCUGAUGAUCAGAAGUUCGAUGAGAUCUGUGAAGGGGUUGCUUCGAACGUGAAUGUGCAUCCUGAAUUCAUCAACCUCCUGUGGCAUGUUUUUGACGACACUUGCGUCAAAGCAGUGGUGGUUACCUCAGGCAUACGGCUAGUCUGGGAAAAAGUCCUGACACGAGAAGGUUUAUCCGACAAUAUAAAGGUUGUUGGUGGAGGGCGCAUUAAAGACACGUUUGUCGUCACUCCAACGGUCAAAGGUGCUCUGGUCGACUACCUGCGGAAAACCUUGGAGGCGAAAGUGUGGGCCUUUGGUGCUAGUCGCAUGGAUUUGGGGAUGUUGCGAAACGCUGACCAGGCGUUCGUCGUCGUUGGCGAAGAGGCUAAUCGAAGCACAACCAUGGAUGAGGCCUUGAUGGAUGAAUUCACUAAUGAUAAAUUUCAGCCAAAACAGGUCUUGCUGCCUGUUACUUCAUCACCGCGACUAGACACAAAAGUGCUACCGAUCACGACUCUCGACAGACAAAUGUUUCUAGACCUGCUCUUUCGUGGCUCGAAAAGAGUCACGGUCAGCGAAGCAACCGAUACGGAUGCCUCCCGAGUUCUUACCACUCCCACGAGGAACCCCUCGAUAUCGGGACCCGCGCUCCAAAACGCCCAUCGCGACGCUGGAAGGUACCUCGCGCUUGCAUACUUGCCGAACGUCGUUGGUAUCGAAGAUUACUCUAUUCUCCAUGUGCAAGGCCAUCAGGUCACCGGCUAUCGACUCCAAGGCCAGCAUCAUACAUCCAUCAUUGCCUUAAUGCGAGGUGGGGAGCCUCUGGCUCGUGGGAUUUAUGACUACCUGCCUGGAGCUGCUUUUAUCCACGCGAAGGUACCAGACGAUGUUUGCCACGGCCACUUGCAGAAUCAGAAGACGGUCAUUCUGGCAGACUGGGUCAUCGACAGCGGGCAGACAGUGGCUAAGUUUCUCCGUCAUAUUCGGAAGCUGACUCCUGAUGUGGGCAUCAUCGUGGUUGCUGGCGUGGUGCAGGGCCGAUCAAUCGCCAAGCUUAGUCCUCUUCAGGCGCUGGUACGCUAUGGAGAUCUUACGAUAGCGCUUCGCAAGUCUGAUAAUGAAUACAAAAGUGAAGGGGAAACAGAAACUGGCAAUCGUCUAUACAAUACGUUGCAUCUGCCUUGA